UGUCAAAUUUAAUAAAAGCAAUCAAGUAACCACCCUGACGGCGCACAUAUGAUUUUCUUUUGUCACAGAACCAAAACAAAACAGAACCGUCCCUGACACGUACUUCGCCGCAAAUUAUCACAAAAUGUCCGCCGCAGCCAAACUGGUCCAGUACGUGGUGGUGAACGGGGAAAUCGCCAAGAGUUGGCCGAAAGGAGCGGUGAUUGCGCAGUGUUGUCACGCGGUCGCGGCCGUUUCGCACCUGUACGCGGCCGAUCCGGACACGGUCGAGUACUUCAAGGAUCUGGACAACAUGCACAAGGUGGUGCUGGAGGCUCCCGAUGUUGGAAAGCUGACCGGUUUGGGGGAAGCCCUGGAGAAGGAUGGCAUCAAGCACAAGGUUUGGAUCGAGCAGCCGGAAAAUGUGCCCACUUGCAUCGCGUUGAAGCCCUACAAAAAGGAAGAGGUUCACAAAUAUGUUAAAAAGUUUAAAUUGUUGAGUUAGGUCAAUCUACUAAUGUUAGGUGAAUAAAUCGAUGCAUUUCCCUCCAA